UCAGGUAAGGAGAAGAAAAGGAGAAAAAAAAGGAAAAAAAGAAGAAGAAAGAAAUGGAAAUGGUUCGACGAAUGUAAGAGAAUCCAACUUCUGCCAUUUCAUUUCGUGACAUUUUCGAUCGAGAAAAACAAGAAAGCAGAAGCUUAUGCAAUAGCAAAAUCAGGGCCUCUUAUAUUUUCUCGGCUUCCAAACAGACCCGAUAAUUUCGGGAAGAAAAAGAAGAGGAAAUUUUGAUGGAAAAUUCCAAUAGGGCUGAGGCAGAACGCUUGCUUGGAAUCGCUGAGAAACUCUUGCACAACCGUGAUUUCACCGGUUCCAAAGAUUUCGCCAUCUUAGCUCAAGAGACAGAGCCUCUGUUGGAUGGCUCCGAUCAGAUCUUAGCGGUCGCCGAUGUGCUCUUGGCGUCGGAGAAGCGAAUCAACAACCACAAUGAUUGGUAUUCGAUCCUCCAGAUUGAACGGCGAUCUGAGGAUCCAGAUCUCAUCAAGAAGCAGUACCGGAAACUUGCGUUACUUUUACAUCCCGAUAAGAACAAAUUUCCGUAUGCCGAUCAAGCUUUCAAGCUGGUCGCCGAUUCAUGGGCUGUAUUGUCAGACCACUCGAAGAAAUCGCUCUACGAUGACGAGCUCAAUCUCUUCGCUAAGAUCGAUUUGUCUCAGCAGAACAAAUUGCCGGUUCGCCGAAGCCAGCGCAGUGGGAAGAAACAGCAAGGGUUUGAGAGCCCCGACAGCGGCAACGCCGAUCAAUCUCCGAAUCAGCAGGCGGUGUUGCUCCCGUCGCUUCCGCCGCUGGUUCAGGGCCAAGAAGCCUACUAUUGCUGCUGGGGAUUUUUCCCGAUGGGGUUUGCGGCUCAAAAUCCCGAGAAAAGUGGGAAGGGCGGCGACACAGCGCCACCAGCAGCGGCGUUCCCCAGUUGGAUGCCCCCAAUAUUUUCGAACAGACCACAAGAAACGAGUAGGAAUGGAGAAACCGCCGCUGCGCCGCCGCCUCCGCCGCCGGUGGGUGUAGAGAGAGCGGCAGUGAAUGCUCCUCCCGUUGUUAGCGCUCGGAUAGUGAGUGGCACAGGUAAGAAGAGGGGCAGGCCACGGAAACAUCCGAUUGCAGCCUAAGUUGUAAAAUUUUUCGAGAAAUAAUGAUAUAAUAUUUAUGGAGCCGAUUGGGAAUUUCUGAUUCUCGUUGUUGUAGUUUUAAUCUAAGCGGUGUAUGUCCAGGCGAGUUAGAACAAAAGAAGGCUGAAGCUGGGAAACCUGAGGUAACUUUUUGGUGUAAUGCAGCCUUCUGUUUUUCAUGUUAAUUAUAGGCAUCAGAUGUAGAAACUAGAUGCUAGUUCCUCAUUUACUUCUUAAUGUUUAUAUGUAACUUUAUUCAAACCAUCAAUUAUAAUUUGGAGUUCUUUA